UCGUGGACAUCCUAAAGGCCCCUGCACUCUUGAAAGAUGUCCCACUGCUGUCCUCACAGCACCAGACAUAUGGCCUGGAAGCAUUCCACAGUGUCCUCAUCCAUUUUGUUCCCAAAUCUCAUUCAUUCAGUGAUGAGGCAAUGUUGGCAAGGACACAGUUAGCAGUGAUGCACUACAACGAGAAUGCUGACAGGGACCAAAUCGAAAAGGAAGGGUCGAAACAGUAUCGACUGAAGCCCUCAAAAGUCAAGAAGGCUUGGGUUGCUGUACCACUCAAGGAGGACGCUACGUAUGACUAUGUGUCAAGACUAACAACAGAGGUCCUCAGCCGUGUUGAAAGGCACCAAACGGAACCUCCAGUUGUGGAAGCGCAGCCACCAUGGUCGGCAUCUUAUGGGGAAAAACCCUCUUUAGUGGAGGCUGUGAAGCGGCAUCAAACAAGGUUCAAGAAGUAAAGAGCACGGGAGAAUACACUGACAUCUCACAGCUACGUGCCAGGAGAAAAGAACCCGAAGGAAGAAAACCAAAAACAAAGAAAAAGGCCCUUUUCAGGGCCACCCAAAUGCUUGCGCAGAGACUGACGCAGCGUUGAGAUGAAACCCUUGUUUUCUCCUUCAAAAUGCUUAACAUUAUUGCUGCUGGUUAAAUGUAAAAUGAUGUACCUACCUCCAAACAUUAAGCUGCUUGUUCUACGAGGCACCAUCACAUAGGCAUUGGUCAAAGUUGCUGUUCUGUGAGCUGUGAUAGGAAGUGCUAUGGAUAGUAUAGAGGGCUCUUACUGUAAGGGGAAGUGCAGUGUUCGAGCAGUGGGGGCUGAGGCAUGGGGGAUCAUUUCAGGAUGUCCUAGCCCUACCAAAAUUUAACACGUGGGUGCACACAGUGAUCUAUCCAGAUCCCUCCCCUACCCCCCCCCCCCAAUUUUU